AUGCAGCAUCAUUCUCACCACCAGCAACAGGGUCCGCCUACUUCCCAGCACCUGCAUCAUUCACGACCGUCGAGCAUCGUCCACCAGCAGCAGCAGCAGCAGCAGCAGCAGCACCAGCAACAGCAGCACCAGCAACAGCAACAGCAGCACCAUCACCAAUCCCAUCAGCACGCAGCCCAGCACCAGCAUCAUUCCUUGCCUCCGCCCCAACACCAGCAGAGCGCCUAUUCAUCCCACCACACGCUCUCUCAAGCCUACCAAGCUGGCAACCAGGCCAGCGCUGCCCAAGACAACCUGGGUUACUACAGCCACCCAAGUCCUUACAGCACUCCCGGUGCCAACAGCGGAUACACAUCCGCAGACACUCCCGACAUGAUGGCUGCUGCUCAAAUGCCCCGUCCAUAUCCUCCCAUGUCCUAUCACACGCCGCAGUCCAACUCGCCGGCCUCUGUGGCCUCUCCCUCACAGCAUGACCAGCACAGGAGCCUAUACGGACAACCGACAUCUCAGCAUCUGCAGCAGUCAAUGUAUUACCAACAUCCGUCUCACUACCAGCCCAUGCCGCACCACCCAAACGCCUCCCCGUACGCACAGCAUGCUCAUCAUCCGCAACAAUCCAUGACCUCUCAGCCUAAUAUGAUGAUGUCGCACACUGCGCCGCAGAAUCAAAUGACGCAACAUGCUGCGCAGCACGCCCAAGCCGGCAUGACGGGGAGCCCGCGGACAAAGAUCGAACCCCAGGUGCCCGUUCAGCUCCAGAAACAGGCUCAGGCUUCGCCCAUGGCGCAGACCCAGACGCAGCACCAACCAAACGGAUCGCAAAUGCAAAGCCCCGGCAACGCUGGUCCCGGCGUGAACCCAAACGCUGCCCCGGGUCCCAUCCCCGCAACCACCCCGCUGGUUGUGAGACAAGACGGCAACGGCGUUCAGUGGAUCGCCUUUGAAUACUCUCGAGAUCGUGUCAAGAUGGAGUACACCAUCCGCUGCGACGUCGAGUCCGUCAACACCGACGAUCUCUCGGCCGAGUUCAAGCAGGAGAACUGCGUGUACCCACGAGCGUGCUGCCCCAAGGAUCAGUACCGCGGCAACCGCCUGAUGUACGAGACUGAUUGCAACCGAGUAGGCUGGGCCUUGGCACAACUCAACGCGCCGCUGCGUGGCAAGCGAGGAUUGAUCCAGAGAGCCGUCGACAGCUGGCGAAACAGCAACCAGGACCCGCGCCUUCGAAGUCGACGAGUUCGCCGCAUGGCAAAGAUGAACAAUCGCAAGCAGGUUCAGGGAACCCCCACGCCUCACUCGGGCGCUUCACACCUUCCUGGCCCCAGCGGGCCCUCAGGGAUUUCUGCGGCUCCCGCCCCGAUGCAUGGGGCACCACCACCCAUGGGUAAGCCAGGUAUGGGCAGCAUGGGCCAACCCAUGCACCACCAUGCCGGGCAUCAUGAUGGAAACGCUCCAGGCGGAGAUGAAGUCGGCCACGGAGCUGUCUAUCAAGAUCAACACCAGCAUCACCAAACUGCAACAGCCCAUGGCACUCAUGGCGGGGGAGACGAUGUGAGACCUACGCACGUCUUUACCGGAUACGUCGGUCAAGGCUACCCUGCCAGUGCUCAGGCAGGGCAGAUGUCUCACAUGGCGCCUCGAACAAGCGGGAGUGCGAUUCCCGCACGAACUCAUGGUAGGGCUUCAGCCAACGAGCCCGACGGUCUCUUCCCGGAUGUUCCGGAAGCGAGGAAACGAAAGUUUAUUCUGGUUGACGAUAAUAUGCGGGGGUCGAGGUUGCGCGUGCGGGUCACUCUGGACGGCGUGGACACCAACGAGAUUCCCGACAGCUUUCGAAAAGGCGCCAGCGUGUUUCCCCGCAGCUACUUCCCUCGAGAAAUGCAGAGCCCUCCCCCGAGCGCGUCGGGUGCUCAGUUUUUCGUCCAAGAUGAAUGCGACGACGAUAAGAUUCAAGAGACGGAAGGACGUGACUCCGGGGCUCGAAGAGCCCGCAAGUCUGCUAGCGAAGCGGUGCAAAUGUCGCUCGCCGAAGGGGGGAGUGGCGGGGUUCUGGUGCCCAGGAUGAAGAGGUCUUGCCGCAGCAAAGAGGUAAAACUGAACGACAUGGCGUACCGGAUGGCCUGGCUUCAGAGUCGCGUCUUUGCAGGACGGACCGUUUUCCUUCAACGAGCUCUCGACACGUACCGCAACAAGACCAAGGCUGCUAUCGAGGGCACAAUGCAGGACGUUGUAGCCGUCGCGCCGCACUACGAGACGCGGGCUGGCAAACGGAAAUGGAACGAUCGACGGAGCCGCGGAGAGGCCACAAAUCAGGAUUAA